GUUAGUGGUUUAAAACGUUUAUUCUUUUCUUAACAGAUCACGUUUAUCAACGAAACGUUACUGGUUAUGAACAGACGACUCAUGGAGGGAACGCUGAGUAACUCUGCAAUCAUCCAAUCAUGGAAGUCUGCCUCACACUGACCGGGCUUCUUCUAGGCACGCUGCUUUCCGAUUGGCUUACAGCCGUCCUGUCCCGGGAUUUUUCUCUGGCAGACAUCGUUCAGCUCCAUCUGUCAGCUACUCCACACCCUGGAGGGUUUAAGUGCUUCACCUGUGAAGAUGCUGAAGAUAAUUACUCCUGCAACCGCUGGGCUCCUGACAAAUACUGCCCUAGAGACACUAAAUUCUGCUACACACGUCACCGGAUGAAUGACGAUGGCGAAAGUGUCUCCGUCACAAAGCGCUGUGUGUCUCGGGACGAGUGCGUGUCCACAGGCUGCGUGCAGCAUGAAGCCCACAUGGUUUGCACUUCCUGUUGUGAAGGAAACAUCUGUAACCUGCCGGUACCGUGGAACAAGACAGCAGCCAUCUUCUCUACAAACUCCCCAUUAAACCGAGUGAUCAGAGUGUCUCCUGGGAAAGUCACCUCUCUCAGCAUCAUCAUCUUCUUCAUGCGUAAUAACUUUGAUUAGUGUUGCAAUUAUUCUUAGUGAGACGUUACAGUUGUUUCACAUUGUAAAUUAUA